CUCAAACCUGCAGUAUUCUGUGCCGACAUGAAUCACGGAGCAAUUGCCCGAGGGCUAAUCACAUAUGCCAAUCUUCCCUUGUACAACAGAGCUCGCGUGAACUUCCCUCCUCCUGCUGACUAUUCACCGCCAAAAGAGUCCGUUGCUGUGCAAGUUCUUGAGAAUGUUCUUAACAAGGUGGUGUUCACUGGUGACAAGUACAGCACUGUCUUUGUGAACUCUUAAAUUCUUCCACACAAUAAUUCGGACUUGGCUUGCGAUCUUGUUAUACAGUAUAUGACCGAUCACCAAGAAAUCCAAUUUUGUGCUUCAUUGAGGCCAAGCGCACGAUCAAUAGGAC